AUGACGGGCUUCCGCGGCCAAAAGUUCGACUUCACGGGGCAAGACGGAGGCUGGUACUCGGUCCACUCGGAUAUGCCGCGCAUCCACCUGAACAUGCGCGCAAGGUCCCUCGUUCCAUCCGUGCCCGAGAUCACGUACAUCACCGGACUCGGAAUCACGACCACUGACGCCAACGGUCUAGAUCACACCAUUGUCAUCACGGUCACAGACCCGCACAGUCUGGAUAGUGCCUGUCCCGUGGGAGUUUCACCUUGUCUGGCGGACGGUGCAUUGACGGUGCAACUCGACGGUAAACAUGCUCUACUUGCCCCCGGCGAGGUUCUCUUUGGACCCCAGGUGGCAAUAUCUGCGGUCAAUCUUCCUGGCGCUUGCAGGUCUUUCGGGUUUGAAGAGUACUGGGAGCGCAAGAAACAAGAGUACGCUCGUGGAGGCCGAAGGCUUCCUUCUUCCACGCAGAUGCAGGCGAUGUCCGACUGGAUCCUAGGUGACCCUACCGCGACCAACAUGGCCGAGUGCACGGAGUAUGUGGUGGAGGCGACGAGAAACGGCUUGGGUGGUUUGUUCGAGCAUGAUUUGGAACACACAUCGUUCCAAAUCUUGACCCCGAUGGGCACGAUCCGGCGAGCCAUGGCCGCCUUCACCAGCUUCCCAUGCAUGAACCUAGCCAUCGACCGCAUUGACGUGAGCCCCAACGCCACGGGCAUCCUCGGCGAGACGCAGAAGCCCACUCUUGAUGCCAACGGCAGCCCCAUCAUGCAGGGUAUGGCGUCUAUCCGCGGGGCUCAAGACGACUGUGAGUGA